GGGCCGGAGGGGGCGUGGCGGGAGGUGGGCCCCCCACUGGGUGAGGGUGGGAAGAGGCUGACUCUUCCCGGAGGAGCAGCGGCUGCAAGAGGGAGAGGCCCAAAGGCUCGAGAGGACCCAGGCAGCAGGAGGAGCUGGUCGCGCUGCCCUGCAGGCCGGUGACCGGUGACCAAGCUGACCAUGUGGCGGCAGCUGCUCGCACUCGCCGUGUGUCUGGCCACUGCCGUCUGGGCCCAGGCCGAGCUCCCCGAGGCCCAGCGCCGCGGCCUGCAGGUGGCCCUGGAGGAGUUCCACAAGCACCCGCCCGUGCAGUGGGCCUUCCGCGAGACGGGCGUGAGCAACGCCAGCGACACGACCUUCCCUGCUGGGACUUUCGUGAGGCUGGAAUUUAAGCUGCAGCAAACCAACUGCCGGAAGAAGGACUGGAGAUCAUCGGAAUGCAAAGUCAAGCCCAACGGGAGAAAGCGGCAAUGUCUGGCCUGCAUCAAACUGGACGCGGAGGGGAAGGUCCUGGCCCGGAUGGUGUACUGCCCCGUCCAGACGCAGGCCCAGCGGGAGCCCCAGGAACGGCUGGAGGCGCAGUGUGGCAAGGUGGAGCGGACGGGCGAGGACCCCCACAGCCUCUACUUCCCUGGACAGUUCGCCUUCUUCAAGGCCCAGCCCCCACACUGAGCCUGUGCCUCGCGCCCACCUGCAGGGCAGCUGUCCAGGAAGUUGACGGGCAGCUCGGCGCCCUCCCUGUCCCCGAGACCCUCAGCUAAUAAAGUCUGCUCCCCUCCA